CUCUUGAACAAUUCCUCUACCAUACAACUCCGUCCAAGUACUUGCUAUCUUCUGCAUGGAUUGCUGGUCUGAGCGGUAUUGCAGCUGAACCAGUUUCUCUUUCGUUGCUGCCCCGGGGCAUGUCCGAUAGACCAUAUCGAUGUCGUCGCCCGCUCCGCACCGCGCCUCCAACCGCGGGGGAAAUCCUGCGACAACAGCCAACAAAGGGCCCUCGGCACCAAAGCAGAAAACAGUGGAUAUCGGGAAACAAUUGGGAGCCUACGAUACAAACUCUGUUCGUUCGAAGGUCCGCAAAUGGCAACAACAAGGAGGUGGGGUAGUCAUCGCCAACGACUGCGUUUAUUACGAAGAGGACGAGGAGAAGUUGGAGAACAAGUCAAACGCCAACAGUUCACAAGGGAGAUCGACUGCGAGGGACAAGCAGACACGUACCUCGAAAAUCCGCAGCGAAAGCACUCCCCGGAAACGAGUCAUCAGUGACGAACAUUGGAAGCUCAACCGGCAUGCUCCUAAGCCUAAGGCAUCACAGAGCAAGUUACCGCCGCCCAAGCGUAUCUCGGAAUAUACCACAAACGAUUCAUUGGGCUCGCCACCACCCACACGGGAUAGAAGGGAUACAAUUAGUAAUGAUAAGCCCAAGCCAUCUCCGGCCUCGCGGAGUCGAGAAAGGAGCAGGGCCGCUGUGACCCCGGAGUCCGUCAGACAACACAGGAAGUCCAAGUCAACCCACGAUCUCUCUGCAAGGACCGGUAAUGAUACCAACCGACUUGAGCGACCAAGACCUUCAUAUUCUCGACCGGAAACGGAAGCAAGGUCUUUACCAGAUGAACGGUCCGAGAUAUCAGAGCGAUCGAGGACAAAGUCGUUACCCCCCGAGGCGGAUAUGGACUGGGCAACCAUCGAAGAAAACUUCGCCGAAUUGUCGAAAAAGCGCGUGCGAGGACCGGACCCGAGCGCUGCGAAACCGCGUGCCCCUCCUGCUACUUCCCUUAAACCACCCAAGGGCGGUAUUUUCAGCCAUAUGCUAGAUGAGUCGAAGAAGAUGUUCGCAAGACCCGAGCCGCCAAAGCCUAAAGGAACAAGAAUUGAGGCGUGGCUCUCCGGCACCCCGGACACAUACACACAGGAUGGUGAAUCGGAUGUUGAAAUUCCAGCGCCCCUGAACAUGAGACCCAACAAGGCCAAGCACUCCUCUCGUGACAGCUUGGAUAAGCAGCAUGCUCCUGAUUCUCGUAGGCGAGAAGGGAGCCAUGAUUCCGAGCCACCAUCUGAAAAUCGGUCUCGGAGGAGUACACACGCUCGACGGUCACGAGAUAAGAUCGAGGCCGACGAGGAGAAAUCUACUGGAGAACUGUCGAGUUUGCGGGAGCGAGAUCAUACGCCUCCGCCAUCGACUAGGAGAAAGUCGUCCGAAAGCAAGCAGAGCAAAUCUCCAGCCAAUGAUAAGGAAAGUGAACCGUCUGAGAAAGUGCGCGAGAAGAGUGCGGAACCCGAUCCAGAGGACGAUGAGACGGAAUCCCACCCUCCGGAGGAAGCAGAAGCAUCUGAUGACAAGGCGCUCGUUCCGUUUGGACGUGAACGACCCUUUCCCACCACUGGCAAUCGGCUCCCUACCAUUGCCUCCGCUGAGUCGGACAAGGCAGGGAGUGCCGAGAAACCAGAGGAACCAAUUGAACAAGGUCCGUCAGAGGAGGCCGAGUUGACCCCGGUCCAGGAGGUUCCGGAUUCAGAAGAACGCGAUCAGUUUGAUCCCAAUUCCUUACCCCUCGUUACCACGCAAUUAAAGCGACGGCUCACAACUCAUGAUGAUCUCAUCUCUGUUCUGUCCGGGUCGAACGGGAGGAGCCGAAGUCUCAGAUCUGCCCGAAGUCUUCGAUCAAACAAGAGCCGCGCUCCAGAUGCCACUGUUACCGAUUUGCUUAGGGAGCUAUCGGCAGAUGAGGCCAAAUACAUGCGUGAGCUCAAGACGCUGGUCGGUGGCGUCAUCCCGGUGCUUCUUACAUGCGUUCUGUCGAGAUCAGAAUCGGCCGUUGCAGCUGGUCUGUUUCGGCCUUCCAUGGACCCUAAGGAUGAGAUGAACUUUACUAGGCCCAUAGUCGACAUGGGUGUGGCUAUUGAGCGUCUCAAGUCGCUACAUAAGCGUAUUCCCCAAGAGCAAGUUGACCCCUUGCUCCAUUGGGCUACUGGCGCGCAAAAGGUGUAUCGAGACUAUCUCAAAGCAUGGAGAUUGGGGUUCAAGGAUGUGGUUGUGAACUUGGCGCCUUUGGACGAGUCUGAGGCCACGAAGAACAAGGAUGAAAAAGAAGAUGGCAACAAUAAUAACUCUGAAACAAGGAGCUUAGAUGAAGGAAUGGCACGGGACGAAAACGGUGACAUUGUGGAUAGCGAGGGCGAGAAGGUUGACGUGGCAUACUUGCUGAAACGGCCUCUGGUUCGGUUAAAAUAUUUGGCAAAAACCUUUAAAGGCAUCAAUAUGCUUCAACCAUCCUCCAAAGCCGACGAAACUGCAUCGUCUUACCAAGCCCUUGUCACAGAGGCUCGCCGUCGCGCCCGGGAAGAACGUGCCAGGUUAGAAGAUGAAUCUGCUUCGAGCAUCGAUCCAACCCGUGCCCGUGAUCCGGCCACCCUCGGAGCCCUGGCUGGGGUCACCGUUAGCCAGACACGACGUGUGCGGGCACGCGAUUUUUUCAACUUGUCCCUUUACCACUCCAGUGGUCAGGUCAUUGACUGCCGCGCGGAACUUCUGAUGAGAGACAAUGCUCCAGUCAAUGGUGCUGGUGGCGACUUGCUUAUCUGCGAGAUUGACCACUCGGACCGCUGGCUGCUGUUCCCGCCUAUCGAUGCCGGGUGCGUUUCAGCUCGCAAUGGGGACACAAAGGGCGAGGUUGUGGUCAUGAUCCGCAGUCCGCCAGGCCAGGCGAAGGCCUGGCAGGAAGUCAUCUCGCUCCAGAUCGAAGAGGAAGAGGUCGCGUUCGAAUGGAUUCAGUUGCUUGGAUUGCAUCCUAUCCCGCCAACUAUUUGCAGGAGUCAGAGUUUCAUUGACCGCGCGAGGCAGCGACAGAAGCAAUUGCAGCAGCAACAACAACAACAGCAACAAGAACAAGAUGCUCCUCCCAGUCUUCCAACAAUUCAAGAGACACCUCCAAGCCCCAGGCACCUUGACGUUCCCAUCGGGGAAAAGGCAACUGCUCGUGCUGUGCGCCGCUCCCUGACCCCCAAGGACCCGUCCACAGAACCAAGUAUCUUUGGAUCGUCAUUCGCGCUGGAAUCGCGAGAUUCGUUGAACACAGAUAUUACACGACAAUCAGAUUAUGUAUCAGAAACUGCUAGGCCUGUUACAGCGUCGCCACAGCCUUCUAUUCUGCACUCCAGAGACCCCAGGGCCAUGACUCCCGUGGACGACAAGUCUCCAGGGCUCAAGCGAUCGAAAGCCAAACGGGUUUCACGUGUCGGUGAGAGUCCCUCGCCAGCCCCCGAAGACAAACCAUCUCCGUCCACGCCCAAGAAGAGCGAGAACAGACUUCCUGCUCCAUCUCCUAGUCCGGGUCACGGUCCCAAGUCCAACAAGGAGCAGCAGCGCUCGUCACCCCAAGCUGAACACUCAGCUCAGCCAUCCCCGCGUGUCUCAUCUACACCUUCGAGGAGCCUGCCUUCCAUCCCCAAGAUUCGCCCAGCAAGCAGUUACACCCAUGUGACUGAAUCAUUGGGUUCUCCAUCAGAUGAGGAGGAUGAAAUUUCCUUGGACUAUGAUGAUCUACCCGAGACUCCAACUAGGAGGGAGAGCCACAGCCUAUCGGACUCCGGUUCCAGUCAACCCGAUGACGGCGACGAGCCUCCUCCGCCGCCGCCUCACCGUUCACCAAGCUCGAGCGUUGCGAAUGCACCUGUUCUCAGCCCAACUGGCGGACAGCAGAGACGACGGGGUUCAUCGCCGCUUAAGCAUGAGUAUGAGCCCUCCACGGCCUCGGAUUCUCACUCUGACUCUAAUUCCGAAACGUCAACCGUCAGACGGUAUGAUAUGGAUUCAGCAUCCGAGUACUCUGGAUCAGAAGACGACUCGGAGGACGAGGAUGAGUCUGAAGACGAGCUGGACUCGACUCUUCCGCCAACUGAAUCUCGUGAUCCUCCCAGGCCUUCUGAACAGGCAUCUAUCGUUCCCUCUGGCAGUAGUAUCUCCCCAUCUCACUCUGCGUCACAAGUCGGGUAUCGAACCGUGCCCGCACAGCCCACAAAGUCUUCUAGAGUGAUGGCAUCGAUCUUUGCCUGGUCUGACAAGGGCACCUGGGAGAGUUUGCUGUCUGAUGAGUGUGUUAUCAUCGUCAGCCCUGGCCUUAUUGAAGCUUACGAGAUGAGCGUUGCUCCUUCGGAGUCCGGUCAUGAGGAUGGCGCGCAAUCCAGCAAAGUACGACCUAUGAUCGCUCUCGAAUUAACACCCCUGGUGCCCAUCCGCCGCGGCACGGCCAUUGACAUUAGCAUCCGUUCGCCGCCAACUGAUCGAUCAAAGGUUACCUGGAGCAACAACAUCAUGUUCCGCUCCCACAACGCCGACGAAUGCGAAGUCCUAUACGGCCUAAUCAACAACUCCCGCAUCAACAACCCAACCUACAUCGCCCUACAAAACGCCCGAGGCCCAUUCGCCGACCAGCCAGACCCCCUAGAACGCUCCAACAACACCGCCGGAGGCAUGUUCGGCUGGCCCCGCCGCCGCAAGAGCUACCGUGCCUCAGCAUCCUCCCCGCGCUCCCUGGCCGAUAACUCCGAAAGCAGCGUGGGAACCAUGAGCAGCGCAUUCUCCGCCCUGAAGCGUUUCGGCAACGGAAGCAAGAUGUUCAACAUCCCGCGGUCAACGGUCACCUCGCGCAACGGCCAAGAAGACGGCUCCAGCACAGCUGGCGGCUCGACAUCAGGAAUCGGCCGCAUCGCAGCUGCCAUCAAGGGCGUCGACGGAAUCGGUCUAUCUAACGCCAAGAUCCGCAUGUACGUCCGCGAGACGCAGACCAAGUGGCGCGACAUGGGUGCCGCCAGAUUAACUAUCAUGCCCGCUCCUGCAUCAUCAACGCCCCGCCCCAACACCGCGGGCAGCGAUGCCACCAGCACCAACAACCCAGACGCCCGCCGCAGCGGCCUGCAAGAACCCCAGAAACGCAUCGUGGCCCGCGGUAAGACGCGCAACGAGGUUCUGCUUGACGUAUGUCUGGGCGAGAGCUCGUUCGAGCGCGUGGCGAGGACCGGUAUUGCUGUGUCUGUGUGGGAGGAUGCGCAUGCUGGUGGAGCGAUGCCGGAGAAGGGUGGUGUUACUGGGGGUUCGUAUAAGAUUUAUAUGAUCCAGAUGAAGAGUGAGGCGGAGGCGGCGUAUACGUUUGGGUUGGUGGGGAAGUUGAAGUAUUGAUUUGAUUUGUUCGAUGGAGUAUUGUGGAUUGAUUUAUGAGGGUUGAGGUUUGGUUUGGUUUAUGAGUGAUUGAUUUAUGCGAUUUGAUGGUUUACGGUGUUUUAUGUGGUUAUUUAUGUUUUGUUUUUGCACACACAUGUGUGUUUUGAUCAUACCCCAUUUGUUUUUUAUAUUGUUGUCCUUGGUAUUUAUCCAUGUGAUAUUGAUACUUGUAUAUGAAGUCGAGAUAUAACAUACAUGACUUGGUAUAUUGCAUUGUAUUCAUU